AUGUUCCCCGUACGGGUGGCGGUGGAAACAGUUCGGGCGCAGCAUUGCCUUUCAUGCGCUCACGACGGUCAUAUACUGGUUGACACCUAUGCUAUUGUAUCUGGUACUACUGUAUUGAGUCAAUUAGUUGAGACAGUUCUCUCAGCACUCGGACAUCCACAACUUGCUCUCAAUGCACGAGGUCUGGUGCAGGUGAAUAACUGGAAGGCGCUUCCAUUCGAGCAGAUCACAGAUAAUCCGGACGAGACGGUCCAUUCGCUGUUUAAAGACAUUUCCGGCCAUAUUACGUUGCGGAUUCUAACAAAACCGAUUUCAUCCGAUUCAGCCAGUACACAAUGUAUAACAGAUCUCAAACAGCGACUUUUAAAGACGGCUGUCUCAAAGAAUCCCCAGAUUCUCAACAGCGUAGAUAAUCAACAGAUAAAGGAGCUUAUCAAUCAAGUAAUUGCCGGCGACGAUCCGGCUAUCUUGAACCACGAGCAGAUAAACUCAAUCAACGAAUGGUUGGAAACACUCGAUCAAGGCGAUGAACGACGAAGGUUAGUCGAUCGGGCUAUUCAACUGAUGAUUGUGCCGAAAUACUUUCUAGCUGGAAAACAAAUAACUUCGAGAGCCGCCAUAUCCCUCAUUGGAGCGGAUUACGAUAAUCUUGUUAGUCUACCGUAA